AUUUAAAUUUUGGCAAAAAAAAAACUCUCUACUUUUUUCUUUUUUGGUUAUAAAUUACGUCAAAAAGGACAGCCAUAAACUAAUUUUCCAUUUUCAACAAAGAGCCUUGUUUUUGCUGUUCUACAAACAGCUGCUGUUUUUGGAACUUCCUUUUUUGAUUAUUCUAUAAGUCUGCCCUGAAAAAUAGGCGUUAAGGUCACUUCUGAUUCAGGUUGACACGUUUCUAAGCCGACGACCCAACAGUUAACCCCUCAAUUAGAACUUAGAGCUUGGGUUCUUUUCAUCUCCAUCACCGUCACAGUCAUUGUCUGAGCUUUUGAUUCUGUGGGAAGUAGAAAAACCAAUGGAGAAAUCGAUGUUUAUUGGAAAUCUCCAUCAUUCUCUUUCUUCUGCUUCUCAAAGACACGUAACUUACAGUUGUGGUUCUUGUGGGUAUGAGCUAAACCUAAGUUCCUCUAGUCGAAACACUACAACAAUUGGCUCUAAAUACGGAAAAUCAAUAAAGAGAGGGAUUAUAUCAUUCUUUAGUAUAGAUGAGAGCAGAUUUACUCAAGUUGAUGAGUUCCGAUGGGGUCCUUACUUUUCAAAGCAUUCGUGGGGUUUGUUCCGCCGUAGAACCAAACUUCUUUGCCGCAAAUGUGGCAACCAUAUUGGAAAUGCUUAUGAUGAUAGAACUUCCGAUCACCCUCUUGUAUUAGAUGGAUCGGAUUCAUUGUCCAGUAAUGAAGCUUCUACUCGUAGAAAAUUUGAUGUUCGAAUCCGAGCCCUACAACCUUCAUUUGCCGAAGAACUCGGCACUCCACAUUCUAUGUGAUUCUACUAGAAUGCUGUCUUCAUCAUUCUUGUAAUUGCGUUAUCUACGUGAAGCGUUUUCUUGUCGGAUUGUUAUUCUCUAUAGUGUUCGAGUCCCCCCAUUCUCCGUUUUCUUUGUUACGAAGACUCGGGAUCAUAUAAUGGUACGUGUCUGAUAUGAAUAUGUUAGCAAGGAUAGAUAUGAGAUUUGAAGUAUUUAAAUCAAACAUAAAAUAUAGCCUUCUCAAGGUACAAACAAAAUUUUUAUAAUGUAAAUUUUUGACUUAUGAGUUCUAAUA